UGGAGGGCUGUCACAGGACUCUCACUACAUCCAAGGAAAGGAGUAAAGGAUGGUCAGAAGUUAGAAGAAAGCGAGCUGAGAUAGUUGGUGGGCAGACAGGAAGCUGUGGUCAGCGUUAUUCUCUCACCAGACGAGCAUCAGCGCACGCUCGCAUGACUACUCCUCCUUAGGAUUCAGGUAGAUUCGCUUAAAAGUAGAUAGAACAUAAAUUGAACGGAGCAAAGCAAAAGCUACGCACAAGUUCUUCAUUCCGCUUUUAGCAGAACCACAAAAUACUUUUUAAAUGCAACGCUGUUUGAUUUAUGAGAAGAACAUGGCAGCCGAGACGAGGAACGGCGGGAGUUCACUGAACAACAAUAACUGCAAAGACCACAGCAGGAGAAAGUUGCUGGUCGGAGUGGAUCUCUUCUGCUUGUUUUUAGCCGGCCUGCCUUUCUUGGUCAUUGAGACCAGCGCUGUUCAGCCUUACCGUAGAGGGUUUUACUGCGACGAUGAGUCCAUCAAGUACCCGGCCAAAAAUGGAGACACCAUUAGCGACGGUGUGCUUAGUGCUGCUGGCAUUCUUAUCACCAUCCUCUCUAUCAUCAUCGGGGAGAGCUACAGGAUCUACUUCCUGAACGAGGGAUCCAAGUCUUUUGUGGGGAACCCCUACAUUUCUGCUCUCUACAAGCAGGUGGGCGUGUUCAUCUUCGGCUGCGCCAUCAGCCAGUCCUUCACCGACAUCGCCAAGGUGUCAGUGGGCCGCCUGCGCCCUCACUUCCUCGAUGUGUGCAAACCUGACUUCUCCACCAUCAACUGCUCGCUAGGCUACAUCACUGACUACCAGUGUCAGGGGCCGGAGGGCAAAGUUCAGGAGGCCAGGAAGUCCUUCUUCUCUGGACAUGCAUCGUUCUCCAUGUACACCAUGCUGUACCUAGUGUUUUACCUGCAGUCCCGUUUCACUUGGCACGGAGCUCGCCUGCUGCGCCCUCUGACCCAGUUCACCCUCAUUAUGAUGUCCUUCUACACUGGCCUGUCCCGGGUCUCUGAUCACAAGCACCACCCCACUGACGUCCUGGUUGGGUUUGUACAGGGCGCCCUGGUGGCCUACUGCAUAGUCUUCUUUGUGUCUGAUCUGUUCAAGCCCAAAGGUAGACGUUCCACCCUCUUGCCAACCCCAGUUAAGAAAGAUCUUGUUCCUCCAGCAGACAUCAGAGAGCGGAGCAAUCAUCUCAUCAUGGCAUAGAAAAGCCUGCAGACUGACUGUAUAUAACCCUGACCUGUGCCAUUUAAAUCACUACUUCAGCCACUGGCCAAUACUGGAUAAUGCAGACAAAUGUGGAAUCUUGAACAUGUCAGAGGAUGAGAGGAGGCCAUGGAAAACAGUCAAGCGCUGUUAUGCUUUCUCGAUGGAAACCUUCAUGUUUUUCCUCAGUCUCACCAGACAUGUUAAUGUGGAAAUGAGAGAGGACCAGAGAUAUUUGUUCCUCCUCUGUUAUGAAGAUUAUUGGAGAUCAACCUCCGUUCAGUCCUUUCCACAGACGAACGUUGAAACCAAACAAAACCGAGAAACGGCAGCUGUAAACAAAGCUGUAUGUGGCUUUAUUUUGCCUUUUCUCCCCUCAGCUGCAUCCAGCAAUGGGAGCUUUAAAAAUAUUCCUGCCACUCACUCAUGACAAAAAACAAAUUCCUUGAUUUCAUGAAGGAUGAUGUUUUGGUUUGGUUUUAUUACAAACAUAAGCAUUUUAUGUGUGAUUUAUAGCACUAUUUUAGCUAAACUCAGUACUGUUGUUUUUUUCACCACUUGAAUGACUAAAGUUAAGCUUUUGGAAAGCUUUGUAAGACUUUUUACCUUUUAUUAUGUCCAUAACGUAGUGUUUCUUAGAAGGUGCACAUAAGUUACAGUAGGGGGAAAGAACAGUGAGAGCGUAUGUGUUGGAUCUGGGCCUCUUUCUGCUGGGCAGGACGAGCCCCCACUGAGCCAUUUAAUGAAAUGACUGUCUGUUAUAUGUACCAGACGGGUGCUCGCAAGUGUUAGGUCAGAGUGUGUGUGUGUGUGUGUGUGUGUGUGUGCGUGCCUGGGUGAGGCCUUUCUUUCUCUGAGCGUGCCAGUGUGUCUUAAUGUCAUGUCUAUAUAUUUCAGUGUUUAUAGCGUACAAGUGUGCCUCUCCUCUGCCAGAGAACAGGCACCUGCUUCAACAGACACAUGUAACUGGAGACGGGAACACUGUGGAAACAAAAGAGUCGUAGACAGUUCGUGUCCUUUACUGUUGCUAAUCAUAGUGAUGAUUCACAUCACUGUGAUAUACUGUGUGCUUCAAAGGCAUAUAUAUAUACUGUAUAUAUAUACACUAUAUACAUAUGUAUACUUAAAAUAUAGGCAGGGACUUCCCUGGAGCAGUGGUUAUUUCAAAGAAGCUAAAGCAAAAUUUGGCAAAACAUUAAAAAGAAAGUUUAUUAUUUUGACCCAUUUUAACAGCUUAUUGCAUGAAGUCUUGUAAGAUAAUAAAAAUAGGCCUGGAAACGAGGCUCUGGAUUAGAAUAGACAAAAAUAAUUAUGUGUGCGUGACAUUAAUUGAGUUAAUGUUUAUAAUAAUACUUAAAACCACUGACUGAAAGCUUUAGCCCAGCUCAAACUGGUCGACUAACCCUAAGUCCCAAGUGCCCCCGUGUUAAAAACAAACGCAGAUAAGGAGUACCCUCUUGGAUUCGUGAAGUGCCCUCUCUGUGCGCUGGUGCCUUUUUAAUUUUUUCACCCCUGGCCAUCAGACAUCCCGAGUCCGCCACUGCUAAUUUGAAACCACAUCGUGUGUGUGUGUGUGUGUGUUUCCCAUACGCGUCUUGAAAAUCUUCUGUAAUCAGCAUCAGAAAAUUCUGCAUGCUGCCAUAAAUUGUAAAAAGCUGUGUCCUUUGUGUAAAUACAGUGUAUCUUUUUGAAGAAAACGCCCACUACGACUUCGUGUCAAGACCUGUGUAAAUGUAAAUCGUGCUGCUUUAAAGAGGCGAGGCAGAUGUGGCCCAGUUACGUUGACAACUUGUGAAUAUUAAGUGUCGUGUUUUGAACAAAGCUCUCGAGACGGACAGCUUCAGUAUGUUUUUUUUAAUUAAAAAAAAAACAAACAAAAAAGCCUUUUCGAUAUUUUUGUAAUGUCUUGUGAAAUUUUGUAUGAAACUGUAAGACUUAUCAAAGAUGUCUUUAAUAAAACACUAAAGAUCA